UAAUUGCUCACAACAACAACACAAUCAACAAUAAUAAUAAUACAACAAUUUGAUAACUUUGUCAUUCGUGUUCAAGUUUUUAACUAUAGGAACAUUUUGGUAUUCUGUGAUAUCGAUACAUCAAAUAAAAUGGAAAGAUUAGAAAGGAUGCAUAUAUCUACAGAAGUGUUUGAUUCACACAUAUUGAAGAGGGCCAAAAUGUCUGCAUGCAGUAAAGAAAUUACAGCUCCACAUCCACUGGAACCACUGCGACAGAUCUCAAAACAAAUCGGCCAUGACCUCGACACGGUUGAGUUUGCACAGCACAUGGACUCCAUUGACCCACUGCGACAUCUCAGGAAUGAGUUUCAUUAUCCGAAAAUGAAGACUCUGGGAUCAGUGGAUCAGAGUAUAGUCAACCCAGAGGAGGACUGUGUCUACUUCUGUGGCAACUCUCUGGGAAUCUGUCCAAAGAAAACUCGGGAAUACAUCACCAUUGAAGUGGACAAGUGGGAGAAAACAGGUCUGGAGGGGCACACAAACGAGGAUCUGCCCUGGGCCUGGUGUGACGAGGGUCUAGAUGAUCAGAUGGGGGUGCUUGUUGGUAAAUACCAGGGCCCAUGUUGACCAAACAAUGUUUAGUUUUAAGUCUUAAAAUAAAGAAUAUUCUUCAAA